AUGGAAGCCAAAAGAGGCUUGGAAGAAUUUCGAUCAUCUUACGGCUUAGAGGAAGAGGAAGAGGAAGAAUUAUCGGACGAAGAGGAGUGGCUUGGUUCCCUUCCAUCUCCGAGCAGCUUGAAAAGUUCCGUUGCAAAGAAACGAAGGCUUGACGCUCCGGUGUCAAAAUCAAAUCAGCCAAAUCUAAGCUCAGGAAUUAACCCUUCGAUGCAGACAGAUCCCUGCCUUGGACACAGUAGAACUAUAAUCCACGUGGACAUCGACUGUUUUUACGCGCAAGUAGAAAUGAUUCGUAACCCAGACCUCCGAAAUAUACCCUUGGGAAUUCAGCAGAAACACAUCGUCGUAACUUGUAAUUACGUUGCUAGGAAAUUCGGUGUUACGAAGCUAUCCUACAUCAGCGAUGCCAAAAAGACUUGCCCAGACCUAGUGUUGGUGAACGGUGAAGACCUAACAGUUUACAGGGAAUUUUCCUUAAGGGUACAUUCUCUUUUGACCCGGGAAUUCACCCCUCAAGUUGAAAGGUUAGGAAUGGAUGAGAAUUUUUUGGAUGUCACCGAGCUUGUGGCCAUGCGGCUGCAAAACAGUCCUUGUGAAGAAAGAAACUUUUCAGGGUUGAUAUACAGCAUGAAUACUGAUGCCAGUGAUGCAAAGGUAAUUUUUGAGAGGUGAUGAAAUCAGAUCGACUGUCGGUCAACAUAUCAGUUGAGUGUUGGGGAGUCGGUCGAUAUAUAGGCGAUGUAUCAACCAACAUCUCAGUUGUCUGUUGGUCAACGUAUCGAUCAUUCUAUUGGUCAAAUGUUGGUUGAGAGUCGCACGAGAAUGGGGUGAUGUAUCUACUAACUUGACAAAUGUCCACUGGGGUAUCGGCCUUAACAUCAACCAAGUGUUAGUGAUAUCGCGGUGAUCCCUCGGGGGAAAAACAACAGCCUAGCGACAGAUCAAUCGAUUGAUAGACCAUAGAGGGCGAGACUCUUCAGAGACUUGAUUGACACUUGACCAAUACAGCAACCAACAUGUCAAUCGACAGUCGACUGAGAUGUCGGCCGAUACAUUGGUUGACAACCCCUUUAAGACACAUGAUCCAUGAAAUCUACCAGGUGAAGCCAGAAUAGAGCAAGAGUUUAUAGUUAUUGCCUUCUACAGUGAAACCUCUAUAAGAGGACACCUUCGGGACCUUCCCAAGUGUCCGCUUAAUAGAGGGUGUCCGCUUAAUAGAUGUUUGUAAAAAUUGGGCGCAAUGUUGGUUAACAAUUAACAUUCAACGGUUACUCUGUACUGUGAUAAAGUUCCAUGUUGUUAGGGAAGCUAAGGGAGUUGUGCUAUACUUUGUGAAAGACUUUUAGGUGAACUUUGAUCGCGGAUGACAAUCAUACGGCCAGAUAUUGGUGUAAUCCACAGUUUAUUGACAGCUAAAUGUAUUGAUUUAUCUUUAUUAAUCAACUAUGGUACGUAUUUCAAGGACGCAAUCUAAUACUACUGUUGUCAAUUCAGUCCGGUGUCUGCUUAGGGACGGUUCAUUAUUUACCAGGAUGACCGGGUCGGGAAAGAAAUAAUAGCUUUCCUCUUUCUUUCUAAAGCCCGCCCAAAUGGCAUUUUGUUUUUUCGUAGCCCGUUCAGUAUUUGGGGUCAAAUUUUUCAAAGCCCGUUCAAAUUGAAGUGAAUACCUUGUGAAAAUCAUUCAUUAGGGCCAUUUAUACGAGGAAAAAUAAGACGUAAAUAAGACUCGAACUUUCCGUAUAAACGGCACAUUUUGUCUAAAAUAAGACGGGGCUUAGCUAAGACACGUCUUAUUAGAUAAGACAUGCUUGUAUAAAUGGUACAGUUCGCGGCUUAUUUAAGACGCGUCUUAUGUAAGACGCGUCUCAUUUUUCCUCAUAUAAAUGGCCCUAAUGUUUAUUUACGACUAGAGCAACUAGUGCAUGUUCGGGUCAAAUACACAACUGUUCGCCGUUCGAGUCAGCAAACGGCUAUCAAACGAGUUCAGCGAUUACAAACAAUAAUUUAUAAACAUCUGUGAAAAGUGCACGUUAACAAAUGCCAUCCAGCUUGAGGCAUUUCAUCGUUUGCCAAAUAAGUGAAAAAGUCCUAAAUAUAUCUUUGAACACGGAUAUAUAACCGUUAGUAUUGAAUGACUUGUGAGAAGCGUUUGGAGUUUUCCAACCUCUCCAAAUAGAACUUCUUGAGGAGUAACGUUUCCCUUGAAAGUUUUCGACAUUUUGUUAAAGGAAUAAGUUUCCACAAACAUGUUUUUAAACACGUUCGCGAGACAGGCACAGGUACUAAUAAGAACCAAGCACAGAGUAGAAAGUUCAACAAUGCGCACCUAACAAGGAACGUAUCCACUCCAGUUUUUAGAGGGAGUGUACGGAAACUCUGUGCGCACCUAUUUACAAGAGUCCUUGAACUCUUCCAUAAAAGAAAGUGCUUAAAUUAUCACGAAAUGCUAUCCAAGAAAACACACCUCUAGCUUGAAGCAGAAGAGGAUCAAAAUACACCCUCCGUAAUUGGUUACGUUCAGAAGCCAAUAGGAAAACAAGAACUUCGAUCCGCCACGUGGGUAUUUAUGUUCAAGUUCAAAGCUCAAUAGACAGAACGGCUGUACCGUUCUCGCCACAACAAAGUACAACUAAAGUUGCUCUUGCAAAAGCAACUAAGCACAAAGCCAACCCGGCAACUGAUGAGGUCCGUGUGGAGAACCGAAACCAUGGUCUUGCCUGAUCACAAACUGUGGCAAUAACAAAACAGUUUAAAGACUGUUAAGCUUAUUCAAAGCUAUUACCAAGGGAGGAACUACGCGCUCCAGUCAAAAGACUCACACUAUCUUUAGAAAAACACUAAGCUGGAGUUUACUGAGUCACAAUUCAGUUCUCCAUAGUAAGUUUAUGUAGCUUCAGUUUAAGCUGCAGUUCACUCUUAUAAUUUUGGAUCUGNAUCAAAACAUCUUGUUUUCUUGUGUACAGUCUGGCGGAGUCCGAAGAUUUAAUAUUCCAACCGUUGGAGUUCACUUUGAGUAAAAUCCUUGUCCAUGCAUCACUGUUUGAAAUUCUAAUUUGAUUACAAGCUCUGAAAUGUCAAUGAAUAUAAACAACUAUAAAAGAGCAGCUCACAAAGUACAUUUGUGUCAUUCCGUGGCCUGUCAAAAUUCUCGAGUGUUCGAUCGCAAAGCGCGAGCUUUUUCUUGCGGGUAUAUCCCUGCAUUACCAAAAAUAUUGUAGCAAUAUUUAUUUGAUAUGAAAGUACGACAAUUUACCGGGUGAAUUUUCAACGACGAAUACAGUUUCCAUGUGUUGUUCUCAUCAAACGACUGCCGCGUUUCUACCACAGUUUUAUUUUAUGUUGAUUUUUUCUAAAGCCCAAGUUCAAGAAAAAAACACAAAGCCCGUCGCCACGGCAAGAAAAAGUUUCAAAGCCUGUUCGGUUUUUUCCCGACCCGGUUAUUCCCAUAAAUAAUGAACCGUCCCUUAUUAGAGGUUUUUAACAAUAGAAAUGAGCCAAAUACAAUUUAUUUUAGUGUCCACGUCUGCUUAAUAGAGGCGUCCUCUGAAAAGGAGUUCAUUAUAAAUUAAGGGAAAUAUAAGACGUUACUUUUGGGACCAGCUUAGUGUCCGUUUAGUAGAGGGUGUCCGCUUAAUUGGGGGUCUGCUUAAUAGAGGUUUCACUGUAGUAGUUUUCCUUAUUGUUUGAAGAGGUUUGAGAACCUUAUUUAUUUUUAUUAGAAUCAGAAAUUUACUUUAAUUUGUAAUGUGAGCACCAGUUAGGGUAUCCAUGGAGACCCAGGGGCACUGUUUCCAGUGUUGUUGAUGGAUUUUCCCCAACUGGGGAGUGUCAAAAGUUGAAAAUAAACCGUGGAAGGGUCUGAGGCCUGGUUCAGACGCAGAACUUUCCGUGAGCCGAAUCUAAUACAUUGAAUUGAGUACAUGACAAGUUCGGCGUCUGAAUCAGUUAGGAACGCCUGUUUCAAUUUGGAACGGCUCAGCGGUUCUUUUAGCCUAGUCCGGCCGUGAAUUUCAUAUUUGGAACAACUUUGGAACGGUUUUGAUUCAGUCGCCGAACUUUCCAUGUACUGAACCUAAUGCAUAAAUUAUUAUAACAUAUUUUGUAGGCAGUUUGACCAAAAUGAGCAUUUUUCUCCUUUUGAAUUUAGUUCGGCUGGAAUUAAGAUUGGCAUCUGAAUCAAUUCAGCCGGUCUAAAUAAUUUGGGUCGGCCUUAAUUCAAAUUAGGUUCGGCUCAUGAAAAGUUUGGCGUCUGAACCAGCCUAAUUUAAUUCUUGCAGAAACCUUGUCCCUGUGGCUGCUAUGAAAGGCUAAAGAUUGGGUCUAGCAUCGCCACUGAAGUCAGGCAGGCAAUUCUUUGUGAGACAGGUCUUACUUGCUGUGCUGGAGUUUCCUACAAUAAACUCCUUGCCAAGCUUGUUGGUGCAUGGAAGAAACCCAACAUGCAGACAACCCUUCUUCCUGAAGAUGCUGAGAACUUCUUGUCACAUCUUAAUGCCAGAGAGAUUCCUGGUGAGUUUUACUUUUUUACUACAAUAAUAGUGACAAAAUUUAUUGACAAACUUUGCCGUCAAUGACAUUUCUCCCAUUUUGCUGACGUACACUACCUACUUCAUUGAGGGAAAGGCAAUAAUAUAGCUAAAGAGUUAAUAGAGUUUUUAAUUACCACCCAAAAACACAAAAAAAAUUCUGAGCUCCAGGCAAGAAUCAAACUCACAAUCCUAUGAGUUCUAGAUCAGACACUCUGACCACUGAGCUACUAGAACUCUAUGGCAAGCAGGGUGGAAUCUACUCCAUUUUCUGAUGCAUUUUGUUUGUUCAUUUGAUUUAUUUUGUUUUUUUAAACACAGCACGAACGUGAAAAAUAAGUGGAAUUCCAAUGUUUUUUGUGUUGAACUUCUUAAAAACAGCUCAAAGGUGAAAAAUAAAAUGAUGGAAUUCUUUUAAAUAAAUUUUCCAAUUAUUAAGGGUGGGUCAAUAUGAUUAUCUCUAUAUGAUCAAUUAUGAAAUAUUGGCCAAUUCCCACCACUAAGGCAUAAAGUAUGGCCUUUCAGGUUUGGAGCUCCUGCGGGGAUGGGGGCACUCGCUUAUUUGGCCUAAGCAGUUAUGUGUCCCUGAAGAGGAUAUGAUUUUCAGGUUCUCAAGUUUGAAAUAAAAUAACAUGAGAAUCUUUAAACAUUUACUUAAAUCAUAUUUAAUUAAUUUACAGAAUAUCAAUAAAUUGUUUGUAAUUAUUAUUUAUUACUAAAAUUAUCAUUAGAUAAUUAACUUUCUUUUAAUAUUUUCUAUACAUUUGUAAAUUACUUUGUUAUAUGGUGUUCUUUAUUUAUAUAAGUAUAUAUUUAAUAAUAUAGUAACAACUAAAUCUAAUGUAAAGAGGAAGUCCCACCUAUAGGUCUUCAUGGCUUCUUGAGACUUCCUCGCCUUUUUAGAUUUUUUUUCUUCAAAAUGUGUUUAUUACGUGGAAUUUAAUGUUUCUUUUCCCUUCAUUUAUAAGUUAAAAAGGCAAAAAUAAUCAACAAACAUAAACAUCAAACCAGUUACACCGUUUCACUUAGGCGUCUUGAUCAGGGUGUCUUUUUGAUUGGAACCCUUAAUUAAAAGGGUAUAAAGGUUGGUGAUGAGCGGUCCACAUUUAUUUUGUGGUACCAACAAUUUUUUCCAAAAAGUAAUAAUUCUGCACUGUUUCCCUUCAUUUAUAAGGAAGAACUACCUGUAUACUAUGACAGUUUAUCUCAAUAACUGUGGUGAUCUUAUUUUUAACUCUAUCAGGUAUUGGACAUGCAAUGGCCAAAAAACUCCGAACAAUAAAUGUUUUGUCAGUAAAGGAUUUACUCUCUUGUCCUAACCAAGUUUUGGAGCAGGAAUUUGGGAAGCCCCAGGCUAUGUUGAUGACUAAGCUAUGCCAUGGUAUUGAUGACAGCAAGGUCAUACCUUCUGGUGAGUUCAAGUCAAUUACUGAUGAGGAUUCUUUCAAGAAAUGUUCUUCUGUUGAAGAUGCAAGGAAGCGAAUUAGUAACCUCAUUGAAGGAUUGCUUCCAAGAAUUUCAAGUGAUGGUAAUGUGCCUGACACUGUAAAAGUCACUGUGCGAAGACAAACAGACAACUCUCAUAAGAGAGAAAGUCGUCAGUGUAGACUUCCACAUCCUUUUUCUUUUGCUGACAAGGAAAAGGCAAAAGAAGAACUCCUGUCUACCUGCCUGCAUUUGUUUAGUAAGGUGGUUGAUGUAAAAAAACCAUUUCACUUGACUUUGCUGGGAAUAACACUGACAAACUUCCAAAAAUCUUUAAAUGUGCAGUCCCAGGACAUUUCUAGAUUCUUUCAGAAGUCAGCCUCCCAACACCAAGGUUCAACAUCCUCUGCUAACAGCAACCCAACAAAUGAUUUUAAAAAUUAUAAUCCAACAGCAUUUAUUAGAAAUAGAGCAAAGGCAAAGUCUUCUAAAUUUCUUGAAGAUGAAGACAACUCAAGCCAAAGUGAUUCCUUUGAUAGAGAGGACCAUAAACUACCUUGCUGUUCAAACACACUGGUAAGUUCACAGAAAUCCCAAGAUAAUGAAGACCCUGUGGGUGUGGACUGUCCCAAGGGAAUAGAUCCCUCAGUUUUUGCUGAGCUUCCAAGUGAAGUACAGAGGGAGUUGCAGCAACACCGGAAACAACAAACUACUGGAGUGGUCUUAAAUACUAAUAAAGUAACACCUAAGGCAAAAAAGUAUUCUGGAAUUCAAAAGUAUUUUCCUAAAACACAGGCAAACUAG